UCUUCAUUGUGCAUAUAAAAUUGUGGCUUAUACUGUGGCUUUUUGUUGGUGAUGGAAGAUGAGUUUCUUGGUGAUUGUAUGGUCCUUGACAUUGAGAAGGAAUAUGCUGAAUCUAUUGACAAUGAGUCGGUGAUCAAAAAGUUUGAAACUAGUGGGACUCGUAGAGUUAGAUUUAGUUAGUUUAUGCCCUUGUAUUGCAUUGCACGUUUAUUUUGUUGUUGAUGGUGUUUUUUAUUUUGUAUUGAUAUGCAUUGAGGGGUAAGGCUCACUACGUCCCCUCCUAAUUAGGUGUAUCUUUUUUUUAAUUAAUAAAACUCUCUCGCACCGUCGAGAUUCUCCAUAAUUUUUUUCUUCUUUUUUCGUUUAAGAUAUCCAAGCCCCACUAAGGUUUCAAUCCUGUAUCCAUCACUGACUAGCAUCUCAAAGUAAAUGCCUAGCUUUUAUUCUAAUUUUCAGAGAAGGAACACACUAGACACAACACAACUAAUAGAGCUAGCAGAUCGAUGAUAAUGGUAUAAGUUAGGGAAAGAGAGGAACAGUAGGAAAUCAUUGGUAUGGGGGGGGGAGGUUUUGCGAAGAAUGUACUCCUUUGCAAAACGUUAUGCGUUCCAAGUGUUCUUCUCAUUCCCACCAUUCUGAUAACUUCCUACCACACAUUCUCAAGUAACAAGUGGAAAAAGAAGGAAGGCGAAAGGGAGUAACCCUAGGAAGUCUUUGAGAUGGGGGGAUUUGGAAGGAAAUUCUUGAAAUGAUUUCUUGUCCAACCCUCCCAUUCCAACUAUUUCCUCAAGCUUUUUCUGCCUUUCUCACCCAUCUUGAUUUUGAGUUCUUUUCCAAUGCCAAGUGAAUAUAUGUUUGUAAUGGUUAGGGAUUUGAAGGAAAAGAGGGAAGCAGCCACCAUGAUCGGAGGUGCUCGUGUUCGGCUGAACGGGUGGCAGCAGGCGGCGGUGGCAGUUGGGUCGGCAGUGGGGGCAUUGCUGGACCCAAGAAGAGCUGACCUGAUAGCAGCUCUGGGGGAGACAACUGGGAAGCCGGCAUUCGAAAGAAUUGUUCAGAGAAUGAAGAGUAGCCCUGAAGGCAGAGCCAUACUGUUGGAGCAACCCCGUGUAAUAUCUGCAAAUGUGGGUCAUGCAUGGGAUCUUCCGCCGAAUACAUUUGGUGCUGCCUAUGCGAAGUUCAUGGGAUCUAGGAACUUCUCUCCAGAUGAUCGACCACCAGUGCGUUUCAUGGAAACAGAUGAACUUGCAUAUGUAGCCAUGAGGGCUCGUGAGGUGCACGACUUCUGGCACACCCUGUUUGACCUUCCAACAAACUUGAUGGGUGAGUCAGCACUCAAAGUAAUAGAGUUUCAGCAAAUGUAUCUUCCCAUGUGCUUGAUGUCCGUUAUAGGAGGCUCUGUGAGGUUCAAUGAGAAGCAAAGAAAAUUGUUCUUCCAGCACUACUUUCCUUGGGCCAUUCGAGCUGGUAUGCAGUCAACAGAACUCAUGUGUAUUUAUUAUGAGAAACACUUUCAUGAGGAUUUGGAGGAUGUUCGGAGAAAGUGGGGUAUAACUCCUGCUCCUGCUGCACCUAAACAAACCCAAGCAGCAGCAGCUUCACCUGGUCUAGUGGAGAAGCCAUAAAUUUGUGUGAACAUUGACACUGAUCAUAUUGGAAUGUCUCCAUAAGUUCAUUCUCAUGAGCUAGAUAUACAAGUAAUAUGAAUUACACUAUCAUCCUUGCUAGCAACUUCAAUAUUUUCAGGGCAAAGAUUACCCCUCACUGGAGGAACCAAUUCGCUUUAUUGUAAUGUUUCUGAACCUUGAUCACAUGAAAAGUGUUUCCACAAUUACUUCAGAAUC